AUGACGUCACCUUCGCCAACCGUGACGUCCUCGCCGCCGCUAGGGCCUCCACCUACGGAGGAAAUGAUAUCGCGUGGUCCCCGUACGGACCCCAGUGGCAAUGCUGAGAAAAGUCUGCAUGCUCAAGAUGCUCAGCAACACCACUCUGGACUCAGUGUACGAACUCCGAAGAACGCAGCUCCGGGAAACUGUCGGGUCGGGUCGGCGGUAAACGUCGGUGAGCAGAUGUUCUUGAAUGUGCUCAAUGUUAUCACCAACACGUUGUGGGGUGGGACGGUGGAAGGGGACGAGAGGGCUGGACUUGGAGCCGAGUUUCGGGAAGUUGUAUCGGAGAUGACAGAGCUUAUGGGGAAGCCCAAUGUUUCGGACUUUUACCCGGGUUUGGCCCGGUUCGAUUUGCAAGGCGUGGAGAAGCGGAUGGCGGGGUUGGCUCGGAGGUUUGAUGGGAUAUUUGAGAAGUUGAAAGACGAGGGAGGAGAUUCGAAGACGCCUUUCACUAUGACCCAUCUCAAAGCUUUGCUUAUGGAUAUGGUGGUGGGUGGCAGUGAUUCUUCCUCCAACACAACUGAGUUUGCAUUGGCUGAAAUUAUGCACAAACCAGAGGUGAUGAAAAAAGCCCAGCAAGAACUAGAAGCUGUAGUUGGCAAACACAACAUUGUAGAAGAGUCUCAUAUUCAUAAACUACCCUACUUACAAGCUGUGAUGAAAGAAACUCUGCGCUUGCACCCAGUCCUGCCACUACUAGUCCCUCAUUGCCCAAGUGAAACCUGCACUGUGGGAGGCUACACCAUCCCGAAAGGAUCCCGGAUUUUCUUCAACGUCUGGGCAAUACACAGGGAUCCUUCUAUUUGGGAAAACCCGUUGGAGUUUGAUCCAGAAAGGAGGAUAUGUGCAGGGAUUGCAAUGGCUGAGAGGAUGGUGAUGCAUUCACUUGCUACACUUGUGCACUCUUUGACUGGACAUUGCCACAAGGACAGAAGUUGGAUCUUUCAGAGAAGUUUGGGUAUUGUGCUGAAAAAGAAGAUGCCUUUGGUUGCUAUCCCAACUCCUAGGUUAUCUGAUCCUGCACUCUAUGAGUAG